UCGCUGCGGAGAAAAAAACAGCCAAGCCGUGGGGAGUUUUUUCCUUCUUUUUUAAUGCCCAGCGAGAGGGCCAUAUGAUGAUCAUACAAGAAGAAGACAACCAAACCCAUGUCCACAGAUACAGACAGCUCUAGAAGAAGGAUCGCAGCUCCAAAAUUCCCCGGGCAUGGCUUCUAGCUGCGCCAAACCUCACCUAAUCAUUUCCCUCUUCGUUGGCUGUCUCCUCCUUGCUUCUCCCGCUCGUCCCGCUGUCUCGCCGUCGGCGGCGGUCAAUAGCACGACACUACCAGUGAAGCACAGCAGGAUCAGCGCCCAUCUGAAAAGGGUCAACAAGCCUGCCGUCAAGACGAUCGAGAGUUCUGAUGGUGAUCUCAUAGACUGCGUUCCGUCUCAUCUCCAACCAGCAUUUGAUCACCCGAAGCUGCGGGACCACAAACCUUCGGAUCCACCCGAGAGGCCAAAAGGCUACAGCUUGAGCAGCACGGUGGAUGCCAGCUUCCAGGCAUGGACCAUUUCCGGCGAGUCGUGUCCCGAAGGAACCGUGCCGAUACGGAGAACGACACGGGAAGACAUACUAAGAGCCAGCUCGGUUCAGAGAUUUGGGAGGAAGCCUGCGGCGAGAAGGUUGCGCCGUGAUUCGACGAGCACCGGGCAUGAGCAUGCUGUUGGGUAUAUCAUCGGCGAUCAGUAUUAUGGUGCAAAAGCCAGCCUCAGCGUGUGGGCUCCGAGGGUAACAAGUGCGUCCGAGUUCAGCCUGUCGCAGAUAUGGGUGAUCUCAGGCUCCUUUGGCAACGAUCUUAACACCAUCGAAGCCGGAUGGCAGGUCAGUCCUCAGCUCUACGGAGAUAACAGGCCCAGAUUUUUCACAUAUUGGACGAGUGAUGCGUAUCAGGAGACCGGUUGCUACAAUCUCUUGUGCUCAGGCUUUGUGCAGACGAACAAUAAGAUCGCCAUCGGAGCAGCAAUCUCGCCGACAUCGGCGCUGAACGGUGGCCAAUUUGACAUCGAUCUCCUCGUGUGGAAGGACCCAAAGCAUGGACAUUGGUGGCUGGAGUUGGGGUCGGGACUGCUGGUGGGGUACUGGCCAUCCUUCUUAUUCAGUCACCUGGCAGAGCACGCAAACAUGGUGCAGUUCGGGGGAGAAAUCGUGAACACGCAGACAUCCGGGUUUCACACAUCAACCCAGAUGGGCAGUGGCCAUUUUGCAGGAGAAGGUUUCCGCAAAGCAUCUUACUUCCGCAAUCUGCAGCUUGUGGACUGGGAUAACAGUUUGAUCCCCUUGUCCAACCUCAGGCUCUUGGCCGACCAUCCAAAUUGUUACAGCAUCCAAGGCGGGGUCAACGGCGUCUGGGGAAACUAUUUCUACUAUGGAGGGCCAGGGAGGAACGUGAGGUGUCCUUGAGAGAGAGAGAGAGAGAGAUGAGAGAUGAGAGAGAGAGAGAGCUUGCCUUGUUUCUUUCUUUUCCGGAAUUUUACAAUUUUGGGUAGGUUACAUCGGGCCAUUCUUAGAUUUUUUUUUUUCCCCCUUUUGGCUGGGCAUUUCAAGCAAAGAAAGGAUCUCUGUCGCUCUCGCUCUCUCUCGUACGACUUUUGAGGGCUCUGUAAAUGCAAAGGUAAAUAUAUAUAUUCUUUGA